UCUACAUUGAAGUGAUACUGCAAGCAGCUAUACAUACAAUCUACAAGGCCGUUAUGGCACUACUUAGACAUUACAUGUCACGUAGAACACACCAACGGGCCUAUAGUUGCCUAUAUGCAGCAUUAAAUGGAAAAUACAAUGUCUGUCACAGUAACAUACAGAAUGGGCACUGUAACGGGAGGCAUUUCUCCCAUAUAUGCCGCGAUUCCUAUACCACUAAUGACAUUAGAAACAUUGGAAUCAUAGCGCAUAUUGACGCUGGAAAGACAACCUUAGCUGAGGCACUCAUAGAUCUGGCUAAUAAGCGGGAAGAACGCAAUAUCGCCAACUCAUCGAUACAGCUUGACUUUAUGGAACAGGAAAUUAAACGAGGCAUCACUAUCCGCGCAGCAUGCUCAAGCUUCAAGUGGAACGGUUGCCAUAUUAACGUUAUUGACACUCCAGGGCACACGGACUUUAGCGGAGAGGUUAUAAGUGCCAUGGACGUCAUAGAUGGCUGUAUCAUCGUUAUAGAUGGGACUAAAGGGGUACAAGCACAAACCAGGCACCUCAACGCUGCCUUGCCCAAAGGGAUGCCGAAAAUUGUUUUCAUCAACAAGAUGGAUAGACCUGGCAUCUCUAUAGACGAGAAUAUGGCGUCUAUAAAAAAGCAGCUUAGACUCAACCCGCUAUUGAUCAAUACACCGCAAAGGGGCAAGACACGGGAUAUAUUGAGUACUAUAUCCAUAUUGGACCCAAGGGAAUGUAACCAAGGAGAAUACCAGGAUCUUCUAGAAACACUAACGGAAUGCAUCGCUAAUAUGGACGAGGAGAUGGCUGAUUUAUACCUUGGGCAAGGAUACAUCCCCAAGGAAAUAGUCAUCAAACGUUUAUCGAACUAUGUUCGUACGGGAAAUGUAACACCCGUUUUAUGCGGGUCUGCAGUUACUACUGCGGGAGUUGACCAGCUGCUGGAUGCGGUCUGUUGUCUACUUCCAUACCCAGCGGGUAUAAGUCAAGAUCCCAGCGCAGAAGAUGACGGGACGAUACUGUACACCUUUAAGACACUUCGGGGUGCGCAAUCGCGUAUACACGCCUUCUGCAAGGUGGUCCACGGGAACCUGGUACCCGGUAUGCGGCUACAUAAUAUCAAUCUCAAGAAGAUGGAGCAAGCUGGUAAAAUAUACAAAAUUCAGGCCAACACAUACCAAGAGCGCAACAUAAUUGUGCAAGGUGACAUUGCCAUGGUCAGCGGGAUGCAUCACGUGAGGACCGGCCACCUAUUGUCCAAAUACGCAAAACAUGGGUUAUCGGACCAAAUUAGCGCAUUAGUGACUAAAUGUAAUGCACCUGCGAAAUAUGUAUGUUUCGCCACAUUUACGGCACUAAAUGAGUCUGACAACAACAAAUUACUCCAUGCUAUGGAGAAUAUAAAGAUCGAGGACCCAACUGUAUACUACCGAUAUGAUCCAGAUGCACUAGACGGGCUAGUGGUUGGUGGUUUCGGCGAGUUCCACAUAGAGAUAAUCGCGGAAAUACUCAAGGACGAUUACGGCAUACCAGUUAAAAUAGGUCAGCUGAAGGUGGCUUACAAGGAGUCGCCAGCCGAAAAAGUUGAAGCUUCCUUGUACACGGGAACUGAUACACCAGAAGAUAAAACGCAGAUUGGUCUGGAAAUCAUCAUGGAGCCUAUGGAACCCACUAUGGGGGAGCAGUCAAGUGACGCAUUGGAUAACGUCGAUGGACGAACUGGUGACCUCUUCAUGUGUGAAGUUGAACAUGACUCGGCAAUAUUCCUGAAACCUGAUGGUUCUGAGAUUGAACCUGACGCCGCCACAAUCGAUGCUAACACCAGAGAUAUAUUGGAUAACGUCAGGCAGCUUCUGUCCAAUGCACUGGCUGCAGGACCGCUAAUCGGGGGAUCGAUGAUAAACACCAGAGUGAAAAUCGCUAAAAUCAAGCUGCUGCCAACAUCUAAUGUUGCUGGGGCCAAGACUAUCGCAUCAAGAGCUAUGAAGAGCAUAUACAACAAGGUACCCAUUGACCUCUUCCAGCCGAUAGUAAAUGUCAACAUCAUGGCACCUAGUGAAUAUGUCGGGAACAUUACAUCGGAUCUGAGGAAAGAAAGACAAGCUAAUGUACUAAGCGUAUCAAACGAGCAAGAUGACUCGAGUACGGCAACUAUAGUGGCCAAAGCACCAAUGAAGCACAUGCUUGGAUACACUAAGGCAUUAAGGGCGUUAACGAAUGGUAAUGCCACAUUCUCCAUUACACCAUGUGGAUUCACAAGAGCUACCAUAAACGAAAUCGAUUGAGCAACCUAAUGGACAGGAUGUACACACAUGUUACUUGGGAACGGUGUAUACA